GAUUUGGUUUGGUUUCCGCUACUGUGCUAUUGUGCUAUUUUUUGGUUUUAGGCUACGAAAACGCAAGAUAAUGUCGAUAUCUACUGCUACAGAUGAACGCACUGAAGGUGAUGAUGACACAUCACAAGGAAGCCAGCCAAAAGAUGACAGUAGCGAAUCUGAGAAUGAGAAUGAGAAUGAAAAUGAACCACAGAAUCAAAAUGGAGGUUCACCUAGCCCAGAAGUUCAUGAAAUCACAAGUGAUGAUGAUGAUGAUGGAGGGGAUUCUAACGAUGAUGAAUCUUCUAAUUCUAGUUCAGACAGCAAUGAUAGUUCUGAUGGAUCUCAACAAAGUCACAAGGCAAUUGAAGAGAAGAAAAUGGAAGAGCAACUAGAAAAUGGUGAUGAUGAAUCAGAUGUGGAAGAAGUCUCUAUGGAAGAUCCAUUGAACCAGGGUCAGGGUAAGAGUAAGCCCAUAGUGGUAAGUGAUACAAAAAGCUUGGCUGACUUGGCAUCAAAACAAGCUAAAUCCAAUGGUGAUCAAAAUAAAGAGCCAACUGUUGUCAUUAUAGAUACAAAUUCCAUACUAUCUGGUAAAGGCCCAACACCAGUUCAAAGUAAGGUAAAUACACCAACAAGUGCUUUGGAAGCUCAAAAUUUAUGUCAAAGUAUUGCCGCCCGGGGUACAACUAUCACUCCAGUCAGUAGUAAAAGUACCCAAAAUGUCUCAUCUCAAAACAAUACUCCAACUGCUCAACCUCAACCUAACAUCUUGCCAUCUCUAACAGAUGAUAUGUUUGUUGUUGAAGCACCCUCUUUUAUAGUUCCUUAUGUGUAUGAAAAGCCAUCUAUAAAACCAUUCAGAGAGUUUGUUGAUAAGUUAGGGAAGGGACUGGAAGAACUAAAAAUAAAAGAAGAGCAAGAAAAAUCAGAAAAAGAGAAAUUAGAAAAAGAGAGAAAAGAGAAAGAAAGGAGAGAGAGGAUUGAAAGGGGUGAAGAGGUGCCUGAUGGAGAAGAAAGUGAUAAAGAACAGAAAAAUGUUGAGGAAGAAGUACCCAAGGAGAAAAAGUCUGAAAAAAGAAAACGUAAACGCGGUAGAGAAGAAGACGACGAUUCCUGGGAUGGGGAGUCAUCAACAGAAUCAGACGAAGAUGCUAUCAGUGAUGAAGAAGGUGUUCAAAUUAUCAAAGACAAAGAUGACACUAUUGAAGAAAUCAAAGAUCCUAUAAGUUUGAUUGCUAAAGGCUUGUCAUCGGGUAAAUCUGAUAGUUACUUCGAUUGUUCCUUAGGACAAUUUUUUAUAAAUAUAGGCAUUAAUUUAGUACAGGAAUUUGUGCAGAGUGACCUUCUUAAGCAACAAAAUCGUAAAUUAUACAAAGAAAAGAAAUCUGGUCGCAGUACUCGAGCCACAGAGGCAGCUAUAGCCUCACUGACACAAAAUUUAGAUUUCAGCAAAAGGACUAAUGCUCCUUAUGCUCUUCAACAAAAAAGAUGUGAGUUUUGUAGUUUCAAGACUGAGUCCAUGUUGGUUAUGGCACAUCAUCUGGAAGCACCUCAUAUGCGUAAUAAUAUUUAUAAAUGUAACACAUGUUCAUUUGAAAUUCGCAGCCCCCAUGAUAUCUUGUUUCACAUGGAGGCUGAACAUAAUAUUCGUGGACGUCUGGAAAGAGCUCCAGCUUAUCAACAGUGUGCUAAUUGUCAUUUUGAGGAUAACAGUAAAACUAAAUUGGCAAGGCAUCUUAUAGCUUGCGCUAAAAAGUUCAAGCCUGAGUUUAAUCUUGCCCCCCCUCUAGAAUGGGAACCUCCAGCAAAGAUACCAAAGUUAACAAGAGCCAGGAAUAAUAUGGUAAGUCCCUAUCAGACUGCUUUUAAUCGUGCUCAAAUGGGUAUGAAUAAUUUGGGUCGACCACCUCUAAAUGUAUCAAAUGUUAUCUCAGGCAUGCCUAUGAUGGGAAGGCCUCGUGGCCGUCCACCAUUAGCUCCCCCUCGUCCUAACACCGUUUCUGGUGUACCAAUCAUGCGCGGUGGUCUUAUGAUAAUGCACAAUAAUCCCCCAAGUGGAACUACCAUUUCGAAUUACCCUAUGAUUCAAAACAACCAAGGACCUAAUAAUGCCACUCCUAAGAUUUCAAUCACACCCUUACCUCGUGCCCCACAGCCUUCAUCCUCACAAUCUUCUCAAAAUAACAAAGCUACUUUUGUGAUCUGUGAAAUUUGUGAUGGUUACAUUAAAGAUUUGGAACAAUUGAGAAACCAUAUGCAAUGGAUUCACAAAGUGAAAAUUCAUCCCAAGAUGAUCUAUAAUAGACCUCCCCUCAACUGUCAGAAGUGCCAGUUUAGGUUCUUUACUGAUCAAGGGCUGGAGAGACAUCUGCUGGGCUCACAUGGUUUGGUAACCAGCUCCAUGCAGGAAGCAGCAAACAAAGGUAAAGAUGCUGGAAGGUGCCCUGUUUGUGGCAGAGUUUACCAAUGGAAGCUACUAAAUCAUGUAUCAAGAGACCAUAACAUGACUCUCAAACCAGCCCAUCUAUCAUACAAGUGUACUGUGUGUACUGCGACUUUCGGUAUGUAUAAGCAAUUUGAGAAUCAUGUAUAUUCUGCUCAUAGUGUGGUAGCAAAACGCGUGAUGGAUAAAAGCAAGCCCAGUGCUCCAACCAAACCAAUGGAUUCUGAUUCCCUUUUAAAGCCCUUAAAGAUAAGUGAUGAGAUAACUAUAAUUCCUCAACCAGCAAAAUCCUCCCUUACUAUCACAGCUAAAGGCAAAUAACGCUAACGUUGAGGGAGUGUGCCGCGAGCGUGGACAUCAAGACUGCUUUACCAGUACCGCACUUCCGCGACAUGAGCAGUAUUGUGUAAAUAUUUCUAAGCUAUUAAUUAACAUUCAUAUUUAAAACUAUUGAUGUUGGAAUACUGAGAAAUAGUGACAAUUUAGUUAAUGAAGUAAGUGUGAAUGU